AUGAUCCAAGAAAAAGUUCCGGAGGUAGCCAUGGCCUCCCCGGCUUCGCCGUUGACUCCGAAUGCGCUCCAUUCGAGUGGCCAUGAAAUCAUGGCGGCAGCUCUCCCCGAAGAACUAAAGGAAUUAGAGUCGAGACUCCGCUGGAAAGUGGACUUGCGCCUUUGUACCAUUGCCGGCAUCCUCUGUAGCCUGAAUCUCCUCGAUUCGGGCAUUCUCUCGUCAGCCUCGGUAACGAGCAUGCUCAACGAUCUGGAUCUUGGAGGUACGAGAUAUUCAGUCUCGAUUUUUAUUUUCACCAUAACUUCCGUCGUGUUUCAACUUCCCUGCACCAUGGCAGUGCGCUGGGUCGGCCCGCGGAUUUGGUUUGCAUCUAUUACAUUCUGUUUUGGGCUGCUCACUUUAUGCACGGCAUUUGUUCAAACGUGGAAACAACUGAUUGCGCUUCGCGUACUCCUGGGCAUGGCUAUGUCCGGAAUUUAUCCUGGUCUGACCUAUCUCAUUAGCACCUGGUAUACAAGACGCGAGCAGCAGCUGCGAUUUGCCUUUCUUCAGUCAGGGGAAGUCACAGUGCUGGCGACAGGCACGAUUGUCAAUUACGGUCUCAACCACCUGGAUGGCCGGGCGGGAUUGAGAGGCUGGCGUUGGAUGUUCCUGGUCCAGGGACUCGUCACCUGCGUCAUUGGCAUCGUCACAUACUGGUGGAUGAUUGACUUCCCCGAAAAAGCACAUCGGAGCUUUUAUUUCCUAUCGGAGUCGGAGGCCCAGUUAGCGGUACAGCGCAUUCAAGCCGAUCGCGAUGAUGUGGUACCUGAACCCUUCUCAUGGCGUAGGAUUGGCGUGAAUUUCUUAGAUCCAAAACUGUACGGAUUCGCAUGCAUGUUCUUCAUUCUCAACCUGGUCUCAACCGCCUUGGCCUACUUUCUUCCCAUCAUUCUUCAAUCAGGAAUGGGAUUUUCUAGCAACGCUGCCAUCAUUCUUUCGACGCCGCCGUAUUAUUGGUCGGUUAUACCCGCUCUUUUCACUUCAUUUGUUGGAGACACGUACCGGCUACGCGGGCCUAUGAUCACGUUCAACGCCCUUUGUCUGAUAGCGGGCUUCUUGAUGUUCGGCCUCCCCACUUCUACUCACGUCACCGUGCGGUACAUUGGGACAUUCUUGGCUACCGGGGCAUAUGUCUCCAACUGGGCGGCCCUGAAUGCGUUCAUGGCAAAUAAUGUCGCUGGGCAAUGGAAACGUGCCACUACAGCCGCUGCAGUAUCUGCAUGUAAUGGCCUGGGGGGCGUAGCGGGCAGCUGGAUUGUUCGACAACGGGAAGCGCCGCGAUAUGAGACCGCUGUAUGGGUGUCUGUAGGGUACGUGUUGAUACGUCAGGUCUAA